CACGGACACCCCACCCCACCCCAUCCCACCCCUCCUCUCUGCAUCCCGACCCCCACCGCCCCAUUGGGAUGUCGAGUCCCUAACCUCUCGACAUCCCCGUCGGGGGGCCGUUUGGUGGUUCCAACGGUGUCGGCUCAAGCAGCGGACGGGACGACGCUGCUCACGCUGACUCUGUCGCCGGGCCACGGGCCCUGCUCGCCGGGCGUGCGCAGGGCAUCGUUCUGCGGGAUCUCCUUUCACCUGCAGAUCGGACUCACGCGAGAGCCCGUGACGCUGGAGACGAGCGAGCUGUCUCUGGGAGCCGUGCGAGAGCUGGCUUGCUCCGUGGCCGACCAGAAGUUUCCCGAGUGCGGCUUCUACGGGAUGUUUGACAAGAUCCUCCUCUUCCGGCACGACCUGAGUGCCCACAACAUCCUGCAGCUGCUGACGUCUGCCGACGACAUUCGGGAUGGAGACCUGGUGGAGGUGGUCCUGUCUGCCUCGGCCACCCAGGAGGACUUCCAAAUCCGGCCGCAUGCCCUCUUCGUGCAUUCGUACAAGGCGCCCACCUUCUGCGACCACUGCGGAGAGAUGCUGUGGGGCCUGGUGCGGCAAGGCCUCAAGUGCGAAGGCUGUGGGUCGAACUACCACAAGCGCUGCGCCUUCAAGAUCCCCAACAACUGCAGCGGCCUGCGGCGGCGCCGUCUCUCCAACGUCUCCCUCACCGGUAUCACGGGCAUCGCCGCCCCCAAGAUGGCCGGCGAGUGCAGCAGCGCAGACGACACGCCGCCGCCGCCCACUGCCUCUCCUGGUGGGGAGAAGAGCCCUCAGGAUGCGGUGGGGCGCGAGCGGCGCUCUCCGUCGUGGAGCGGCCGCCCCGUGUGGGUGGACCGUGCCUUCGCCGGCAAGGUCAAGGUGCCGCACACCUUCGUCGUGCACUCCUACAAGCGCCCCACCAUGUGCCAGUUCUGCAAGCGCCUGCUCAAGGGCCUCUUCCGCCAGGGCAUGCAGUGCAAAGACUGCAAGUUCAAUUGCCACAAACGCUGCGCUCCAAAAGUGCCGAAAGACUGCCUGGGCGAAGUCAUCAUCAAUGGAGAUCUGCUGAGCCCCGGGCAGGACGCCGAGGUCGUGACGGAGGAGAACAGCGACGACAACGAAGACGGCGGCCGCAACGGCUCGGCGGACGAGGGCCCCCCCCCCGAGGGGGAUAGGGAAUUGCGGCCCCCUCGCGGGGGCACCCCCGUGCCGGAGAUGGGCGAGGGCAUCGACCUGGACCCCGAAAACGACGGCGACAUGUCCCGCGUGAUCAGCCCGUCCACCAGUAACAACAUCCCCCUGAUGCGGGUGGUGCAGUCGAUCAAGCACACCAAGCGGAAGAACAGCCUGCUCAUCAAGGAGGGCUGGAUGGUUCACUUCACCAACAAGGACACCCUGCGGAAAAGACAUUACUGGCGUCUCGACAGCAAAUGCCUCACUCUCUUCCAGACCGAUACCGGCAGCAAAUACUACAAGGAGAUUCCACUGUCCGAGAUCCUUCUCGUGGAAACGUCACGCAACUUUGGCAUUCUGCCACCGGGCAGCAACCCGCACUGCUUCGAGGUGACGACGGCCAACAUGCUGUACUUCGUCGGGGAGAACCCGGUGACGGUGACGGGCGCCGCGGCCAUGAUGAGCUACGGCCUGCCCAGCAGCGGCGUGGGCACGGAGGUGGCGCGCACCUGGGAGAUGGCGAUCCGCCAGGCCCUCAUGCCCGUGCUGUCGCAGGGCGCCGGGCCGCCGGGACACACCGGGCACACCGGGCACACGCCCCGGCAGGGCCGACGGGAAGUCUCCAUCAGCAUCUCGGUGUCGAACAGUCAAAUUCAAGAGAACGUGGACAUAAGUCAAGUUUACCAGAUCUUCCCGGACGAGGUUCUGGGUUCUGGGCAGUUUGGCAUCGUUUACGGAGGAAAGCACCGCAAGACGGGCAGCGACGUGGCCAUCAAGGUGAUCGACAAACUGCGCUUCCCAACCAAGCAGGAGAGUCAGCUGCGCAACGAGGUCGCCAUCCUGCAGAGCCUACACCACCCGGGCGUGGUGAACCUGCAGAGCAUGUUCGAGACGCCCGAGCGCGUCUUCGUGGUCAUGGAAAAGCUGCACGGCGACAUGCUCGAGAUGAUCCUCUCGAGCGAGAAGGGUCGGCUCCCCGAGCGCAACACCAAGUUCCUCGUCACGCAGAUUUUGGUGGCACUGCGGCAUCUGCAUUUCAAAAACAUUGUGCACUGCGACCUGAAGCCAGAGAAUGUGCUCUUGGCAUCCGCAGAUCCAUUUCCACAAGUGAAGCUGUGCGACUUCGGCUUUGCGCGCAUCAUCGGCGAGAAGUCAUUCCGCCGCUCGGUGGUGGGCACUCCGGCCUACCUGGCGCCCGAGGUGAUCCGCAGCAAGCAGGGCUACAACCGCUCGCUCGACAUGUGGUCGGUGGGCGUCAUCGUCUACGUGAGCCUCAGCGGCACCUUCCCCUUCAACGAGGACGAGGACAUCAACGAGCAGAUCCAGAACGCCGCCUUCAUGUACCCGCCCAACCCCUGGAAGGAGAUCACGCAGGACGCCAUCGACCUCAUCAACAACCUCCUCCAGGUGAAGAUGAGGAAACGCUACAGUGUGGACAAGACACUCAGCCACCCUUGGCUGCAGGACUACCAGACGUGGCUGGACUUGCGCGAGCUCGAGGUGCGUCGCUCGGAGCGCUACGUGACGCACGAGAGCGACGACGCGCGCUGGGAGCGCCACGCGGCCGAGUGCGGCCUCGCCUACCCCACGCACCUGCGCCGCCGCGUCGACCUGGGCAGCGACGGCGAGCGGGGGGAGGAGGAGGAUGAAGAUGGCGGCGGCGGCGGUGGUGCUAACGAGGGCCGACGAAGGGCUGACGAGCCGGCCGAGCUGAGCAGCAUCCGUGAGCGGAUCUCCGGCCUGUGAGCGUGCCGCGCCGGCCUGCCCCGUCCCCCGUGGGGACCGUGGCGCUAGUGGGCGUGCGACGAUCCGUCGAUUUGUCAAUUGGAUUUUUUAUAUAUAUUUAUAUCGUGGCCGUGUCGCCCCCAAUGAUCCGGGUCCCUCCGCUGGAUCUCAAUACAAUCCUGAAUCGGUUUCAAGAUCACACUGUCACCCCCCCUCCUAGCUUCUGCGUGGACUCACUCCCUGCCUGGGCUCUCCUCUCCAAUCUCACUGAUCCCUCCAGACACACAAACUCCUACCUCUGUCAUCUCACUCUACUCUCGACCAAGCGCUCUCCACUUCAACAACCAAGGCUUCUUCUCGAAGACCCCAGUCAACUUCCACCGAGCUGUUAGGGCGCUUAUUCUACCGAGAUUUAAUGCAAUACAAUUAGAAAUUAUUCCAAAUUCGAUCACAUUUCAGCACGCUUCACAGAAACGGUGGGUAUCUUUGUAUCAUUAUGAUUGAGGCAGUCGGUGAUGAGCAGAGAUUUUUUAAAUUAAAGUCUUGAGGCCUAGACUUGAAUAUGCGCUGGUAGUCAACAGCACAAUAACCGGGGUGGGGGGGAGGGAAGUUACAGAAUAUGGGAGCAGCAGAGGGGAAUGAGCGACCUCUCCCGGAGCAAAUGUUGAUUUGGGGCUUUUGGUUGCUAAAAUUGAGAGUGUACGGAGAAGACGCCAGUCAAAGGCAGUUGCAUUAAAACGCUAAGGGCAGCAAAAGAGAUAGACUUGAUUCUGGAAUCGCAAUCCUGAAUCACGAACAUCGGAAUAUCUGGGUGGAGGGGUGGGAUUGUUAGACGGCCCGCACAGCGAGAGUUGCGCAUUUGCGUGAUCCUUUUAAGAGGUUGCUGACUUGAGCAUAGGGACCAAAGAAAAUUGUUGCAACGUUACCACUAUUGUGGAAUCGAUUUUACUCAAAGGGAAUAACAAUAUUAAGGGGCUUUGUCUUUUCACAAACAGACGCGUUUUCUGGCAGUUAGGAACCUGACUUCGGCCUGCCGAUGAUUUCCAAGGGCAUGAAACUGCUCCGUGUGAGCGGUGUUCGCACAGCUGAUGACGAGAAACAUGAACCUCGACAGACUUCUUUGGUCUCGAGGUCGAUUUUUACAUUUUAGAAAAUAACUUUCCUCGUUUUUGUACCUGCACGUGUUUAUCGAGAGCAUAAACUAGGUGGAAUAAUGCGAACGAUAUUUUAAGCUGGCGUGUGUCAACGUUUUUCAGUAUUAACGUAAAUGAUUUUGUGGAUGUAUGUAACGUGGGUGCUGCUCUGCUUGCCGGGAUUUCUAGGUUCACGUAUACGUGCCAAUGACGUAACUAUCGCCAAUGCAGCAGCACUCGCCCAAUUUGCUCAUGAUAUCGCCGCUUAUUGCACAGUUUCACUUAUCGAAUGAAGGCGGCAACGAUUCAACUUCAGGAUAGUGAAUUGAGCGUUGUGUUAUUAUAGUUAUUACCAAUUCCGAUUAGUUGGCUGCCAAACGCAGGCGCGCGUGUGCUGCCACGGCCGCUUAUCUGCAGCGGCUAAUGGUGCACGUAACUUUUUGUUUAAGCGCACACUCUGUUAAGUUGGGUCUUUGCCAGGAUAAGUUUAGCCUCGGGGGCAGAAGCUCCAGCCUCAGGCAGGCAGACCUUGCAUUAACUGUGCCCCCCCCCCCGCCGAGCCGAAAAACUUUAAAAGGAAUUUAUCGAGGGUUUUUAUUCUUGGUGGCAGGGGGGCGGGGGUUGUGAAGUCGAACGAAUUAGAAACAAACAUCCCUGAGAGAGAGAAGAGAGAAGGUUGGGCCUGUUGAAUUAUUUAUUCGCUGCGAGGCAGAAACCGCACGCGCUCAACGCUAUCCGCAGUGCGGGGAUGCGGGGGCCAUCCGGCA